CUGGGUGGAACAUUUUGACGAGGGAGUACACUGUGUUCCGGAUACCAAAAACCUCCACACGACCUAUAUAAUUUUCUGAAGCAGAGAAUCGUCGCAGAGAGCUGUGGGGCAUGCAUUGACGGCCUUUGCCACACAUAAACGGGGAUUUUGUUGAUUUAAAAUUAUUACAGACACCUUAUGACUGUGGUGGAACCGGGCAGUUAACAGUUAGCUAGCGAUAUCGAGCAGAACAACAGCUGAGCUUGCUUAUUUGUCAAUUACUACGUUCUAACGUAAUCAACAAGAGAAAUGUCGACAGAGCCCACUAACAUCACACCGGAGAUGGCCAGGGGGCCCCUGAGUUCAUUCGAUGGGGUUUUAAAGAAGAUAAUGGAAAUGCCUCCGCCGAAUAUUCUGGACGGCGACGACGACACCGACAAGGAAAAGCUGGGUCUGGGAGACAAUUUUGACCUGCUUGGAAGAGAAAGCGAUAUGGGUCCUUCAGCCGCCCUGACCCCUGCAAUUUGGGAGAAAACCAUUCCCUAUGAUGGUGGAAACAUUCACCUGGAGUACAUGGACCUUGAGGAGUUCCUUGUGGAAAAUGGCAUUGCCACCUUGCCUGACAUGAAACCCCUCAAGGGAAUCCCGAAAGGCGAUGCCAUCAAGACAGAGAAAGUUAAGGAUACCCCCUCUGCACAGAUGAAUGUUGCCAAGCCUGCAAGCGUGUCCCCACUGGCCCUGCUACCUGUUCAGGAAUUGGAGCAUUGUGAGGAAGAAGUGGUGACCACCACUAAUGACUCUUAUAUAGUCUGUGAUGUUACUGCUGAGGUGACUACCGAAGAGGACAGAGCGAGCCCCGAGGCCGUCAACCCAGAGGAGAUUGAGGUCGAUGUUAACUACGAGCCAGAUCCCACGGACCUAGUCCUGUCCAGUGUGCCUGGAGGCGAGCUGUUUAACCCUCGCAAACACAAGUUCUCAGACGAUGAUCUCAAGCCACAGCCUAUGAUAAAGAAGGCCAAGAAGGUGUUUGUGCCGGAAGAACAGAAGGAUGACAAGUACUGGCAGAGGAGGAAGAAGAACAACGUGGCUGCCAAACGCUCCCGCGAAGCCCGCAGGUUGAAGGAGAACCAGAUCACUGUCCGAGCAGCUUUCCUCGAGCGCGAGAACGCAGCGCUGCGGACAGAAGUCGCCGAGCUGCGGAAGGAGUGCGGACACCACAAAAACACAGCGAGUCGCUACAAGGCAAAAUUCGGACCACUUUAAGGGACCAUAAAAAGCCAAACCACAGAACCGUAAAUGGACACCCGUAUAGUAGACAGCAAAAUCUCAGUCACUCCCUUUUCACAUCAGUCAGGUUAGAGAUAUUAUCUGGGCACUGUUCAUAAAGCAGUCCUGAUUGUUGGUCACGCAGUGAUCUGCGUGGGUAAAAUCCGCAGUCGGACCACAAAGUAGCCCCUCCUCUUGACCAGACCAGGGCAUCGCUAUUAGAAAGGGAGUAGAAGCAAUAGCAUGUAAAUAUAUUUUAUUUUUUAAAGAAUACAAUUUACCAUCCAUGUGAGUGAGGAGUGUGAGAGGAUAUCAAAGUGCUUCUUCAAUGCAUGUCUUUUAUGAAGUGCACUUCUUCUUCAUCAUGUCUUGUGUGCCUUUUGGCCAAAAGAGAUAAUUUGCGCUGUUUAUUUUAAAGAAACUGGGUUUAUUUUUUAUUUUUUAGAAGAUAGAACAAUUGCAAUAGUUUAGACUAGAUCAGUCGAUAUCUUAUUGGAGAAAUUAAGGGAUUUGCAGGUUGCUUCCAGUUCUUUCUACUUUUAUUGAAUUCUGAAACCCACCUGUCCAAUUUUUAUUUUCAAAUAGAUGUUAUGUUAAGAGCUGGGCUUUUCUUUGCCCACAAACACUCUCAACUGUGACAUUUCCAAUAAUUUCAGCUUCUUCAGGGGAUUACAGUGACGUGGCAA